ACAAAACAUAGUCACGUGCCAUCAGGUCGACGUGGACGUUCAUCUCGAAAAGCGUACCUAUCAAUUUCCGUGCUAACCAUUUUGGAGGACAUAGGAUAGCUUGAAGAAUGGCAGCUGCUGCCGUUCCCAAAGUUUCCGCCACUACGCUAGCCAAUGCCGCCUCAUUUCUACGGAUUCUUACUCUCUCCUUCAUAUCUUUCGCUGCUAUCGCAUCAAGAUUAUUUUCUGUCAUUAACUUUGAAAGCAUAAUCCAUGAGUUCGACCCUUGGUUCAACUAUCGAGCCACUCGCGUCCUGACUACUGAUGGUUUCUAUGAAUUCUGGAACUGGUUUGACCCAACAGCGUGGUAUCCGCUCGGCCGCGUUGUUGGUGGGACCAUCUACCCUGGUAUCAUGACCACCAGCGGUAUUAUCUAUAAUAUUCUGCACUUCAUACACAUGCCUGUUGACAUCCGAAAUGUCUGCGUGCUCCUUGCCCCGGGGUUCAGUGCCCUCACUGCAUGGGCGACAUAUUUCUUUACAUCCGAGAUGAAAGACCCGGCGGCAGGUCUUCUUGCGGCCAUUUUCAUAGGCAUCGCUCCGGGAUACAUUUCCCGCUCUGUGGCUGGCUCAUAUGAUAAUGAGGCAAUCGCAAUUUUUCUACUGAUGUUCACCUUCUACUUGUGGGUUCGGGCACUUAAACAAGGAAGCGCUCUGUUCGGAACUCUCGCAGCGCUCUUCUACUUCUACAUGGUAGCAGCGUGGGGCGGUUAUGUCUUCAUUACCAACAUGAUACCAUUGCAUGCAUUGGCUCUAAUCCUUAUGGGACGUUUCUCCAGCCGCCUAUAUGUCGCGUUUUCUUCAUGGUAUGCUGUUGGGACUCUUGCCAGUAUGCAGGUGCCCUUUGUGGGCUUUCAGCCCGUCAGCACCAGUGAGCACAUGGCUGCCUUAGGUGUCUUCGGUCUUUUGCAACUGGUUGCAUUUACCGAGUUGGUUCGGUCACAUGUGCCUGAACAGCAGUUCAAGCAACUUUUCAGAUGGGCAUUGGUUGCUGUCGGGCUCCUUGGAUUUGCUGGAUUUGUCGUCCUUACAAUAUCUGGGAAAAUUGCGCCAUGGACUGGGCGUUUCUACUCGUUGUGGGACACAGAGUACGCCAAAAAGUACAUUCCCAUUAUUGCGUCCGUCAGCGAACACCAGCCGACGGCCUGGCCAUCAUUUUUUACCGACCUCAACAUGCUUAUUUGGGUGUUUCCAGCUGGUGUCUUGCUCUGCUUCCGUGAACUACGUGAUGAACAUGUCUUCAUUAUCAUCUAUGCGGUUUUCGCUAGUUACUUUGCUGGCGUUAUGGUUCGAUUGAUGCUCACACUCACACCUGUCGUUUGUGUCUCAGCUGCCAUAGCUGUUUCGACUUUACUUGACACAUUUGUCGAUCUGCAAGAACCAGUGUCAGAGAGUGGAGAGAGCGCGGUAUCAGAUGGCACUAAGAAGAACAAGAGAGUGGUCCACACGCCUGGCAGAAGCUUCCCAAAGGGAACCGGUAUAUUCGGCCUUGACACACGUUUAGGGGUCGUUUUCAACACCGCACUUCUACUGUCCAUCUUUGUUCUGCACUGCACAUGGGUCACAUCCAACUUUUACUCCUCUCCAUCUGUCGUCCUCGCGUCCAAGAACUCGGAUGGGUCUCAAAGCAUUAUCGACGACUUCCGAGAGGCGUACUAUUGGAUUCGAGAGAACACACCGAAGGAUACUGUUGUUAUGAGCUGGUGGGACUAUGGAUACCAGAUUGCAGGAUUCGCUGAUCGCACGACCCUUGUCGAUAACAACACCUGGAACAACACUCACAUUGCAACCGUCGGCAAGGCCAUGUCAUCGCCGGAGGAGAUCGCGUACCCAAUAUUGCGUAAACACGAUGUCGACUAUGUCUUGGUCAUCUUUGGGGGUUUAAUAGGUUAUUCGGGUGAUGAUAUUAACAAAUUUCUAUGGAUGAUUCGGAUUGCGCAGGGCGUGUGGCCUGAUGAAGUCAAGGAAUCGAACUUCUUUACGCCACGAGGGGAGUACAAAGUGGACGGAGAUGCGACACAAACAAUGAAGAAUAGUCUGAUGUACAAGAUGAGUUACUACAGGUUUGCGGAGCUUUAUGGUGGCCAGCAACCCGUCGAUCGUGUGCGUGGGCAGUCCCUACCCACUGUUGGUCCGACUCUUGACUAUCUUGAGGAGGCAUUCACAUCCGAGAACUGGAUUGUCCGGUUGUACAAAGUCAAGAAAGAGGACAAUCUGGGAAGGGAACUUCGGGCUGCAAAUGCGUUCGAGGCGGGGAAAAAGAGGAAGCGUUCGCGUCCUGCUUCUAAGCGCAGAACAGCUGUGGUUUAGCGGCUGGUCCUCAAAAAUUAAGAGGUGGUAUAAUAUUCAGUUAUGUUGAAUUACAAUGACUUGCUAUUAGCCCCUAUGAGAUAUCCACCACCGUUAACUAAAUGUAAUGGUAUUCAUAGGCCAUACAUCAAUGUAGAAGUGAAAAUUUCGUUUAAACCC